CCUGGCUGGGGGUGGGUCUUCGGGCUGGGCAGCCGGGAACGAGCGGUCCCGUUAGGUCUAAAGAGGCGAUGGCUGCUGGCGCGUGGAGGCUGCUGACUAUCCUGCUGGCUGUCGCAGGCGGGAUUGGACAUGGCAGCUCCUGAUCUCCUCUUCGCCGAAGGCACCGCGGCCUACGCGCGCGGGGACUGGGCCGGGGUGGUCCUGAGCAUGGAGCGGGCGUUGCGCUCGCGGGCCGCCCUGCGGGCCCUCCGCCUGCGCUGCAGCACCCGGUGUGCCGCCGAGGUCCCGUGGGAGCUGGACCCCGACGUGGUCCCAAGCCUGGCCCCGGCCUCGGGCGCCGCCGCCCUGCACGACCUGCGCUUCUUCGGGGGCCUGCUGCACCGCGCCGCCUGCCUACGCCGCUGUCUGGGGCGGUCGGCCGCCCACUCGCUCAGCGAGGAGCUGGAGCUGGAGUUCCGCAAGCGGAGCCCCUACAACUACCUGCAGGUUGCCUAUUUCAAGAUUAACAAGCUGGACAAAGCUGUGGCAGCAGCUCACACCUUCUUCGUGGGCAACCCCGAGCACAUGGAGAUGCAGCAGAACCUGGACUAUUACCAAACCAUGUCUGGAGUGAAGGAGGCCGACUUCAAGGACCUUGAGGCCCAGCCCCACAUGCAUGCGUUUCGCCUGGGCGUGCGACUCUACUCGGAGGAGCAGCCCCAGGAGGCCAUACCGCACCUGGAGACAGCUCUGCGAGAGUACUUCGUGGCCUAUGAGGAGUGCCGAGCCCUCUGCGAGGGGCCCUACGACUACGACGGCUACAACUACCUGGAGUACAAUGCCGAUCUCUUCCAGGCCAUCACAGAUCAUUACAUCCAGGUCCUGAGCUGCAAGCAGAACUGCGUCACCGAGCUCGCUUCCCACCCAAGCCGAGAGAAGCCCUUUGAAGACUUCCUCCCAUCGCAUUAUAAUUAUCUGCAGUUUGCCUACUAUAAUGUUGGGAACUAUACCCAGGCGAUUGAAUGUGCCAAGACCUAUCUCCUCUUCUUCCCCAAUGACGAGGUGAUGAGCCAGAAUCUGGCCUACUACACAGCUACGCUUGGAGAGGAGGCGGCCCGCUCCAUCGGCCCCCGCGAGAGUGCCCAGGAAUAUCGACAGCGAAGCCUGCUGGAAAAAGAACUGCUUUUCUUCGCUUAUGACGUCUUUGGAAUUCCCUUUGUGGACCCAGACUCAUGGACCCCAGAAGAGGUGAUUCCCAAGAGACUGCAAGAGAAACAGAAGUCUGAACGGGAAACAGCCGUGCGCAUCUCCCAGGAGAUCGGAAACCUCAUGAAGGAGAUCGAGACCCUCGUGGAAGAGAAGACCAAGGAGUCACUGGAUGUGAGCAGGCUAACCCGGGAAGGAGGCCCCCUGUUGUACGAAGGCAUCAGGCUCACCAUGAAUUCCAAACUCCUGAACGGCUCCCAACGGGUGGUGAUGGACGGGGUCAUCUCUGCCGAUGAGUGUCAGCAGCUGCAGAGGCUGACCAACGCGGCAGCUACGUCAGGAGAUGGUUACCGGGGCCAGACCUCCCCGCAUACCCCUAGUGAGAAGUUCUAUGGUGUCACCGUCUUCAAAGCCCUCAAGCUGGGGCAGGAAGGCAAAGUCCCUCUGCAGAGCGCCCACCUGUACUACAACGUGACCGAGAAGGUGCGGCGCGUCAUGGAGUCCUACUUCCGCCUGGACACUCCGCUCUACUUCUCCUACUCCCACCUGGUGUGCCGCACUGCCAUCGAAGAGGCACAAGCUGAGAGAAAGGACGGCAGCCACCCGGUCCACGUGGACAACUGCAUCCUGAACGCCGAGACCCUCGUGUGCGUCAAGGAGCCCCCCGCCUACACCUUCCGGGAUUACAGUGCCAUCCUUUACCUGAAUGGGGACUUUGAUGGAGGAAACUUCUACUUCACUGAACUUGAUGCCAAGACGGUGACGGCAGAGGUACAGCCCCAGUGUGGCCGGGCCGUGGGAUUCUCUUCGGGCACCGAGAACCCUCACGGAGUGAAGGCUGUCACCAGAGGGCAGCGCUGUGCCAUUGCCCUGUGGUUCACCCUGGACCCUCGUCACAGCGAGCGGGACCGGGUGCAGGCUGACGACCUGGUGAAGAUGCUGUUCAACCCAGAAGAAGUGGACCUUCCCCAGGAGCAGCCCCUGGACGCUCAGCAAGACCCCCCCACACCUGGAGCAGAGUCUCUUUCGGACCGUGAGUCGAAGCCCAGGGAUGAGCUAUGACAGCAUCCAGGCUACACAAGGAUGGGUGACUGGACCCACAAGGAGGAGCCCUGUCCUGCGCCCUGGCCUGGCCAGCCCCUCAGCCCCUCAGCCCCUCAGAGCAGGGGGCUUACAUCUGCUGGCUGGCUGAUGGGACCCUGCUCAGAGCCUGCUGCUUGGUGCUACUGCUCUUGGAGUGGACAUGGCGGGAUGCUGCUCCCCUCUGGACUGGGCUGAGGGCUUGGAGCACAGGCCCAGAGCCACGCUGAGGCCGGUACAGGCAACUGCGUGACAGCAAUACGGUAUUUAAGUGUCUGUGUAGCCAACCCAAGAAUAAAUGAUGUGUGUUUUUUA